AUGGCAAACCUAAAGCCAAGUUUGUUUCUGAUUAUAGCCAUGGUUGUUGCAUCCAUGAAGUUCAAUCACUCGGUGGCAACAGAGCAUGUCGUCGGCGAUUCCUUCGGCUGGGCAGUGCCACAAAAUGCUGGUUUCUAUGCAAUGUGGUCUCUAAACCAUACCUUCAUAUUUGAUGAUACUCUAAUCUUUAAUUUUGCCGAUGGAUUUCAUAAUGUUGCAGAAGUAACGAAGGAGGCACACGACACGUGCGACACCCAAAAUCUAAUCUCAAUCCAAACCACCAGCCCCGCUAGAUUUACCAUAAACAAUGUCGACAACCACUACUACAUAUGUACCGUAGGCUUGCACUGCAAGUCCCUUUUAAAAUUAGCAAUUAGGGUUUCUGUUCCUAACAAUUCGUCUGCAAUGUUAUCUCACUGA